AAAUUAGUAUUUGCUUGCCUACCGCCCGAAGGCAGACAACGCCACAAGGGGUCGAGAGAACCGGAAAAAAUUGCGAAAUCAGCAAAAUUCCAUCGGUGUCAACUGGCGACCGCCCCCCUUUACUCUAAAAAUUCAAAUUGAAUAUUUCACUUUGUCUUCUUCAAUUCAUCAAUGGCAGAAGUUUCUAGAAUCCACCGUUUCCACCUCCCGACAACCACCACCUAUGCCACCGUGGCCGUGGCCGACGACGAUGAUGAUGAAGAAUACCCAAAUCCCUUCGCUUUCGAUUUCGACUCCCUUUCUCCUCCUCCUAAUCACACCUUUUUUAAUAAUUUCAACUACAGCCCCAAUUCAGGACCCGGAUCCGUACAUUCAGAUCUGGAUUCUGAGAAUUCAUUUUACGUCGAUGAAGAUCAAAUGAAUUUCGUUACGGAUCUGUUCGUUACAGAAGACCCUGAUUUUGAUAAUAGAAACCCUAAUUCUCGGGUUUAUCCGUUCGGUGAUUUUGGAUCUGAUUUUGAUGGGGAUUUUCUUCCCUCAGAAUCUAACGUGUUUAAUAAUACGGGUGAUGGGCUUCGGGUUGUGGGUAUGGGGUCGGAUUCCGAUUCGGAGGAGCUGAAUUCUAGGGUUAUUGAUCAAAAUUUGAAUGAAGAUUUCGAGUGGGAAGAAGUCAAUGAAAGGGUUGAAGAUAGAGACUUUUUGAGCUCUGUGAUUGAUGGGAUUGAAGAAAUAUCAGUUUCUUCAGAUAUUUCGAGUUCAAUUAACGGUGGAGAUGAUGAGCCGGUGAGGAAUUUAGAAUGGGAAGUUCUAUUGGCGGUUAAUAAUAUCGAGAGAAGCCUCGAUUUUGAUGGAAAUGAUGAUACUGAAUUUGGUGAUGCCUUGUUUGGGCAAUUUCUCGAAAGUGAAGGGACCUUGAUGAAGGGUAGUCCACCAGCAGCUAAAUCUGUUGUUGAAAAUCUUCCGUUUGUGGUUUUGAAGGACGAAGAAAACAAGAUGGCUUGUGCUGUUUGUAAAGAUGAGAUUUUGGUUGUGGAGAAGGUGACUGAGCUUCCUUGUUCCCAUUAUUACCAUUGGGACUGUAUUGUGCCGUGGUUAAAUAUACGUAAUACUUGUCCUGUUUGUCGCCAUGAGUUGCCUACGGAUGAUAAUGAUUAUGAGAGGAGGAAUAAUGGAACGCGUACUGGCGUUGGAACUGGGCUCGAUGAUUUUCAGGUUAAUAUGAUCGUAGUUAUCCUGCCUUACCUGGUUCCUGCCCUCUCAGCUUUACUGGGUCAAAAGGUUUAUGCAUGUGCACGUUUAUAGAUGGUAAAUAUUCGGUAGCACUUGCAUCUUCUAAGGAGAAAAAGGGGAGAGACUGCAUAUAGAUAGCACGUUAGAAUAUUCUGCUCAAGGCUUGAAUUCAAGGUAAAAAAAUGUCAUUUAAGUAUCAUCUUCUUUUUGCUACACCUACUAAAAUGUGAACGCAUGUAUCUCGCUUCCAAAGAUAGUACUAAUUCGACCAUGAUAUAUCCCGAUUCCCAUGAAUAUCACUGCACAAAGAGAAGACACGAAACUAUAACCUGUAGGCUAGAGUACUGUUGGGGAAUGAUGAAUAUCAGGUGUGCUACUCUAUUCAGUAUUUUCAGUGUGCUUACUAUCUAAAAUGUUU